AUUCAGGAGGUAUAGCUUAAGUCGAUUAGAAAUCAGCUACCGCUGAGCUUAAACCGUGAAUCACAGCCAUCGAGGUAGGGCCACAUCGAUCAAUUCACUGAUGGCCGUGAUUCACGGUUUUAGCCGAGGGCUACUCCAAUGGGAGUAGCUUAUUUUUUAACUCUGACUUCACGGUCGAAGCAGCGGAUGUUCUCUGUUGUUCGAAAUCAAAACUGAUCCUUCGAAGUGUUUGAUUUGAUGGAGUUACGAUCCUUGCUUUUGUGUGAAUGGAAAAGAAGUCGGAAAUUGGAAGAGAAGAUUGAUGGAGAGCAGCAAAUGGAUCGCGACGGUGGCCAGCAUAUGGAUUCAGUGCACCAGUGGCUCAGCCUACGCCUUCGGUAUUUACUCACCUGUGCUCAAAUCCAGUCAAAGUUACGAUCAGUCUACCCUCGAUUCCAUCGCCGUCUUCAAAGACAUCGGUGCCAACGCUGGUAUCCUCUCCGGCCUCCUCUACUCUUCCGUCGCCGUCCGUCCUCGUUAUUGUUCGUCUUCUUCUUCUUCUUCUUCUUGGAUUAGCCGGGUUGGAGGGCCGUGGGUUGUUCUCACUGCCGGAGCUAUCCAGUGCUUCACGGGCUACUUUCUUAUCUGGCUUUCGGUCAUCGGAGUGCUUCCUCGACCGCCGGUCCUACUCAUGUGCUUGUUCAUGUUUCUUGCUGCUCAUGCUCAGACAUUCUUCAACACCGCUAACGUCGUAACCGCCGUCCAGAAUUUUCCUGAUUAUGGUGGCACUAUCGUCGGCAUCAUGAAGGGGUUUCUUGGUCUUAGUGGAGCAAUACUGAUUCAGGUAUAUCAGACAAUAUUCAGGGGCAAGCCAAGCUCCUUUCUUCUCAUGCUUGCUUUGUUGCCAACCAUCACUCCCCUCUUACUAAUGUGUUCUGUAACAAUCCAUCCUACAAAUGGAGGAGAUGACAAAAGGCACUUGAAUGGUUUUUCACUUGUUGCUUUGAUAAUUGCUGCUUAUCUCAUGGUCAUAAUAAUCUUGGAAAACAUUGUAACUUUCAAAUUGUGGAUGUACAUACUUGUGCUUGUAGUACUCCUCUUGUUGGUAACCUCCCCUCUUAGUAUUGCAAUUGGAGCUCAGCGGAGGGAUGUUGGUAGGUUAUCAUGGACUAUGGACCCUGAGGGGACCAGAGCAAUGGACAAAUCAGAUCCAUUGGAAGCAGAGAAGUAUCAUGACAUGCCUAGUGAUACCAAUCAAGAAUCCUGCACUCAUGAAAAGAGGAUAAGGCCAUGGGGAGAAGACUUGAAUCUUCUGCAAGCCAUUAGUACAGUUAACUUCUGGAUGAUAUUCCUCGCCAUGGCAUGUGGUAUGGGAUCUGGACUGGCCACUGUGAAUAAUAUCAGCCAAAUAGGAGGAUCUCUUGGUUACUCUAGUGUGGAGACAAGUACUUUGGUCUCUCUUUGGAGCAUCUGGAACUUCCUUGGUCGUUUUGGAGCUGGGUACAUUUCUGAUUAUUUCUUGCACUCGAGAGGCUGGGCAAGGCCAUCAUUCAUGGUCAUCACUCUGGCAACCAUGAGCAUAGGUCAUAUAGUUAUUGCAUCUGGUCUGCCUGGGGCUUUGUAUGCAGGAUCAAUUUUGGUGGGCAUUUGUUAUGGUUCACAAUGGUCAUUAAUGCCCACUAUUAGCUCUGAAGUAUUUGGUGUACGGCACAUGGGUACCAUAUUCAACACCAUUUCCAUUGCAAGUCCACUUGGAUCAUAUAUUCUCUCUGUGAGGGUUGUUGGUUAUAUUUAUGACAAAGAAGCAUCAGACAGUGGGAAGACUUGCAGUGGUGUUCACUGCUUCAUGUUAUCUUUUUUAAUUAUGGCAUCAGUUAGUCUCUUGGGUUUUCUUGUUGCUUUGGGAUUGUUUUUCCGGACAAGAAAAUUAUACAAGCAGGUAGCAUAUAGACAACUGCAACAUUCUGCAAAUCAGUAAGUUUUGUUCAAGCAAAAGUAAAUAGCCAAUGAAACGUUUUUUCAUUGUUUA